CGCGCCCCCGGCCCCGGCCUCGGCCCCGGGCGGCGGCCCCCGGCCCCGCGUGGCGGCGCGGCGCGGGCGGCAGCAUGGUGGAGAAGCGCUGCCCGCUGCAGAGGGACGGCGUGUACCGCUGGUUCUCGGAGCUGCCGUCGCCGCAGCGCGUGGAGUUCCUGUGCGGCCUGCUGGACCUGUGCAUCCCGCUCGAGCUGCGCUUCCUCGGCUCGUGCCUCGAGGACCUGGCCCGCAAGGACUACCACUCGCUGCGCGACUCAGAGAUCAAGGCCAACAACCCGGCCGACCUGGGCAGUCUCACCAACCUGACGGACGAGGUGGUGCGCAGCAAGCUGCUGGUGUCGCUGGCGCUGCUGGGCUCGGAGCAGCGCGAGGCGGCGGGCGUGCUCUACCGCACGCUCACGCACAUCGACUCCAUCAUCCACAACUACGGGCUGCAGCUCAACGAGGGCCGCACGGGCGAUGAGUUCCUGCUGCUCUUCACCAUGGCCUCCAACCACCCGGCCUUCAGCUUCCACCAGAAGCAGGUGCUGCGCCAGGAGCUCACGCAGAUCCAGAGCAGCCUGAGCGGCGGCGGCGGCGGCAGUGGCGGCGGUGGCCCCGGGGGCAAGAGCGCGCUGCCCACCUGCCCGGCCUGCCACAAGGUGACCCCCAGGACGGAGCCCCCCGUGGGCAGCGUCGGUAACAGUCUGGAGAGCGCCCUGCACACGUCCGCACAUUCCACUGAGGAGGCGCUGCCCAAGAGGCCGGGAGGGAAGCACUGCAGAGUGAGUGUUGAAAAGAUAGACCUGAAAGGAUUGUCACACAAAAAAAAUGAAAGACAUGUUGAAUGUUCCUUUGAGGUCUUGUGGUCUGAUUCUUCAGUAACAUCAGUAACCAAAUCUCCCUCUGAAGUGACUGAAUUUAUUUCAAAGUUAUCUCAGCUUUAUCCUGAAGACAACUUGGAGAAAUUCAUUCCUUGCUUAGCUGGCCCAGAUUCAUUUUAUCUAGAGCGAAACCACGUGGAUCUGGAAGCGGACCUGAGGUAUUUGGCUUCGUUACCUUCUCACAUAUUAAAAAAUGACCAUGUUAAGAAAUUUUUCAGCACUUCAUCUCCCACCCAACAGCUUCAAAGUCCAAGUCCUGGCACCCCUUCUCUUUCCAACGUCGGUACCGUGAUGGGCGUCUCUGGAAGGCCUGUGUGUGGAGUGGCCGGCAUCCCGUCCUCUCAGAGCGGCGCCCAGCACCACAUGCAGCACCCGGCCAGUGCGGCCGCCCUGCCACACUGCUCGCACGCGGGGGCUGCGGGCUCGGCGCUGGCCUACCGGACCCCGAUGGACAGCUCGCCCACCAUCCUGAUGCCUUCCAGUCUGCAGGCCCCUCAGCCCCAGGAGCAAAAUGGGAUUUUAGACUGGCUUCGGAAACUGCGUUUGCACAAGUACUACCCGGUCUUCAAACAGCUCACGAUGGAGAAGUUUCUGAGCCUUACUGAAGAAGAUCUGAAUAAAUUCGAAUCCCUCACCAUGGGAGCAAAGAAAAAACUCAAGACUCAGCUGGAGCUGGAGAAGGAGAAGUCGGAGAAGCGGUGCCUGAACCCCGCAGCCCCCGCGCCGGUCAGCAGCAGCGGAGUGGCCCGUGUGCCCCCCACCAGCCACGUGGGGCCGGUGCAGGCGGUGCGAGGCAGCCAUGCCGCAGCGCUGCGGGUGGAAGUGGAGCAGCCCCCUCACCAGACGGCGCGGGAAGGCAGCUCCUCUGAGUGCUCCAGCUCCUCGCCCAGCCCGAUGGGGGUGCAGGCCCGGGAGGAGAGCUCGGACAGCGCCGAGGAAAACGACAGACGGCUGGAGGUCCACUCGGAGGGCGCCGACAAGGACAAGCCGGUGACGCUGCUGAACCACUUCACCUCGAGCUCCGCCAGACCCACGGCCCAGGUCCUGCCCGUGCAGAACGAGGCGGGCUCCAGCCCGUCGGGCCACCACCCGCUGCCCCCCCAGAUGAUGACGGCCUCGCACAUGGCGCCCAUCCGGAUGCUGAGCUCCGUGCACAAGGCCGAGCGGGGCGGCGCCGACCUGAAGCUGCUCUCGUCGUCCGUGCACUCGCUGCUGUCUCUGGAGGAGCGCGGCAAAGUCUCCGCGCCGAGAAGCGGCCUCAAGGUGGACAAGGGCUUCGGCAGUGCCAUGCUGGACGUGCUCCCCACGUCCAGCCCCCAUCAGCCCAUGCAGGUCCUCUCGGGCCUGGCCGACAGCAGCGCCGUGUCACCCGCCGUGUCCUUUGGUCCCCGCACCAAAGUGGUCCCUGCAUCCGCGCUUGACAGGGCGAUGAAGCCGGCGCAGCAGCCGGGCCUGGGGGCGGAGACCAGCACCGCUGCCCCCGGGACGUCCAGCACCGUCUUCCACGUGGCUCGGCCACCCAUCAAACUCCUGGUGUCCUCGUCUGUCCCUGCGGAUUCUGCUGUCCCCGGGCAAACGUCCUGUUCCAGUAACGUGCAGAUAAGUGUGCCCCCUGCAAUAAUAAACCCCCGGACUGCGCUGUACACAGCCAACACCAAAGCUGCCUUCUCUGCGAUGAGCAGUGUGCCCGUGGGCCCCCUGCAGGGCAGCUUCUGUGCGAACAGCAACACUGCCUCCUCCAGUAGCCACCCCUCCACGUCCUUCGCAAACAUGGCCAGCGUGCCCAGCUGCCCGGCCCCCAGCUCCAGCCCCGCACUCUCCUCUGUCCCCGAGAGCAGCUUCUACAGUGGCGGCGGCGGCGGCGGCAGCUCCCCCGGGAGCGUCCCCGCCUCGGCCCAGAACCACCACCACCACCACCACCAUCAGCAGCAGCAGCAGCCGGCGCCCCAGCAGCCCGCGCCCGCCCCACCGCCCGGCUGCGUCGUGUGCACGUCGUGCGGCUGCAGCGGGAGCUGCGGCUCGAGCGGCCUGACCGUCAGCUACGCCAACUACUUCCAGCACCCGUUCUCGGGCCCGUCCGUCUUCCCCUUCCCGUUCCUGCCCUUCAGCCCCGUGUGCGGCAGCGGCUACGUGGGCGCCCAGCAGUACGGCGGCGGCGCCUUCCCGGUCGUACACUCGCCCUACGGCGGCGGCGUGGGCCCCGAGCCCGUGCUGGGCGGCCAGUCUGCCUUUGCCGUCCCACCCGUGCAGAACUUCAUGGCAGGGGCGGCGGGCGUCUACCAGGCCCAGGGCUUGGUGGGCAGUAGCAAUGGUUCCAGUCACAAAAAGAGCGGGAAUCUCUCGUGUUACAACUGUGGGGCCACGGGCCACCGCGCUCAGGACUGCAAGCAGCCGUCCAUGGACUUCAGUCGGCAAGGUACUUUUAGGUUGAAAUAUGCCCCUCCAGCAGAAAGUCUGGACUCCACAGAUUGAUAUUUUUCUCUGGCAACAGAACACUAUUAAGCCAUGGAGACCUAAGGAAAAUUCAAUACAGAACUGAGAAGUCUAGUUGCUGUUGAGCUUAAUAUUUUUAAUCCAAAGGUGCUUUACUUUACUAGACUGGAUAGAAAACCUAGCGUAGGAAUGCAUCAAACUCAAGUUUUAUUGCCAAAAUCCUAGGUGGGAGCUUGAUGUCAGGACUGGCCUAGUGGGCAUCUCCACUCUGAGUGACAACUGGCCACCUCCACCCUUGGCUGCAAUGCAGAGACCUCCCGUCUCCCGAAGAGCAUGGCCCUAACUGGUCCUCGUAGGCUCACUCGUAAUUCCAGGGCAGCUGCUGCGUGAGGUUCGCGCCGAGGACUGCAGGUCGGAGUUCUCCACGGGGAGUCCUACCCGUCGGACUUGACCCCGGUGAGGGAAAAUGUCGCCUUGUUCCGUUCCGUUCCGUUCCGUUCCGUUCCCACAGUGGUCAGGCACUAGUCUCUGGGCUUCUUAAGGAUUGCACUACCGACGAAUGUACACUGACGGCAGUCUCUGCGGUUCCGGAGACCUCCUCCCCACGACCAGUCCGUGCAGGACACUCAGAGAACCCGUUUUUAAAGAGUUGGCACCAGCAGGCUACACGACUUAGUACACAACAGAGAUUUUAGUAUUUCCUUCCCUCCUCAAAACAACUUGUAGCAGUUUCAGGUUUUUAAUUUUUUUUUCCUGCAAAUAAAUUUAAACGAUGUUACUAAAUAGAAAUAGUUCCUCGCAACAACUUCAUUUCUAAGGGUCCAAGUCCCAGAGAGUCCCUCGUCGUCAAAGCUUUGAGGACAGCUUCCUUCCCCGCCCUUCAGAGCUUUGAGUUCUGUCGUCUUCCACCACCGAGGAACGCUGGCAGAGGCGUGCGGGCAGCGUGGCCGGCGCGCGGCUCUGAGGGUGCUGCACGUGCCUGGCCGAGCUUGCAAGUGCUUUACCUCCCACGGACUCCCCGCGGACCCCAAGGCCUCCUGCUCGCGGAUUCACACUUGAGACAGCCACUCCAACAACAGUAAUAAUACAGUCCUGUGAUUUAUGAGCAAAAGAUUUGAAAUUUUCUCCCGCCUGUCGGCUUCUCUUGUCAUAGGCUGUUAUCAACAGUUCUGUUAAACGUUACCUGGAAAACUACCGUAGAAAGUGGUAAGACUCUGAAAGAGACUGACUCUACCGACAGGGCAGAGCUGUAAGAUCUGCACAAGUCUAGUUUUAUCAAGGUGGGAAAUAAAGUCCACCACACAGCUCUCAGUUUCACCCAGUGCAGCGAGAGCUUUUGGUCUGAAAGUUAGGGACUUAAGCUUCAAGGCUAGAGGGGAUUUUCUGCUCAGACAUCGUUUUAAAUACUAAAGCCUUCAAUAUUAAAAUACUGAUUGGUAAGGCCUUGCCCAGGGAUUUUCCAGUUGAAUAUACUUAUUUUAAAAAAAAGAUCACAAUAUUCAGACCAUUCUUAAAACCGGACAAUCAGCCUCAUGUAAAAUUGGUGUAAAUCAAAAGAAUACCCUAGAAUUUGAGGUAGUGUGAUGUGAGGUUGCAAAUUCUGGAAUCAGUUUCCAGGCUUCGUGGAAACUACAGCAGAAGGUUGUUCCUUUUUUUUAUGCAAGGCUUUUAGUAGAGUUUCUAGAGCUUUAUUUUAGUAGAGUUUCGUUUCUAUGCAAUGCAGGAUCGACAGACCUCUGUGUUCUCUCUCUCCUGGUACACAGCGUGACACACAGUUGUGAAGCAGUGACGACGCCUGCAGCAGCUUUUGGGGGGAAUGUCACACUGAUCUCCUAAAUCAUAAACACUACGAAAUGUCAAAAUAACACGAACUGACACAACUUUGCCUUAAAGAGUACUAGACUGGGACUUGUCAUGUUACGUUUAAGAAAGACUUAGAGUGUUCUUUGAUGUUUACGAUUUUAAUAUUUCUGAAGGCCACUAGAGUGGCCUGGGUAUGUGCUGAAAGCCAAACUUUUAAAUUUCUUGGUUUUUUAAACAAAGAACUAUUUUAAAUAAAUCCUAUUUCACCACAGUGGAAUUGUUGAAAACUGUCUCAUAACAAAAGAAAAAAAGCAUAUUUAGGGGUUUUUUGUUGUUGUUUUAGUGGGCAGCACUGGGGAAUGAACGUGUCGCUUGUUACCCUUGUAACUAUUUUGAUAAAUAUUAGAGGCUAGCAUUAAAUACAACACAAAGUUCAUCUUCAGUUUGAAGUACGACAUUCAGAUUGAGGGAAGUUCAGACAGUGUGUGGCUGUGUUCCAGUUCCUGCAGGUCUUAGAAACUCCCAGCUGGCUCUCAGCUCAGCACGCGCCUGUGGAGUGGCGUCUCCCAGGGAGGCCGUCACACGUGAGCACGAGACGCGACACACAGGACACAAAGCACUCAGCUGCCGAGCCAUGAGACCUCUUCCCAGGCGAAUCUCAUACGUGGACUUGGGAAUAUGCGCUAGCAGUAUUCUGAUGAGAUUUCUCUCCAAAAGCAACCGCCGUCAGCCAGCCUGAAGACCGUCUGGCAUCUCUCAGAGGGCACCAUCAGCUACCAAGCAUAGACCACCCUGACCCUUUCAACUGCUUAAUCGCCGUUUUCCCGAAAUCGUGGGCUGUUUCCAAAUGCUGUGGCAACCAGGUAGGUGUGGCACCAGCCACUUUGCUCUGUGGAGUCUGUCCUAUUUUAAAGUUUCUAACCCCAUUUGUAAUCUCCAAGAAUGGGGAACGUGGAAUGUACAGACUUAGUAGAAUACAGUGUUGGGAUAAAACACUAAUCUUCUUUGUUUUUUUACGCAAAAACACUCAAUUUUCUACCUUAUUUUCUAAUUUUUAUUUCAUGGUAAUAUCGAAAAUUGGAAAGUGUACAACUGUUUUAAAAAACUUCUAAUUGCUAAAGAGCACUGAGAAAAUGGGAGUAGCACUUCAAAUAAAACUAUUUUCUUGA